AUGUCAAUUCCAUCAAGCCAGUACGGAUUCGUAUUCAAUAAGCAAUCAGGACUUAAUUUGAGAAAUGAUUUGCCUGUCCACAAGCCCAAAGCGGGUCAAUUGUUGUUGAAAGUUGAUGCUGUUGGAUUGUGUCAUUCUGAUUUACAUGUCAUUUACGAAGGGUUGGAUUGUGGUGAUAAUUAUGUCAUGGGACAUGAAAUUGCUGGAACUGUUGCUGCUGUGGGUGAUGAUGUCAUUAACUACAAGGUUGGUGAUCGUGUUGCCUGUGUCGGACCCAAUGGAUGUGGUGGGUGCAAGUAUUGUCGUGGUGCCAUUGACAAUGUAUGUAAAAACGCAUUUGGUGAUUGGUUCGGAUUGGGGUACGAUGGUGGGUAUCAACAGUACUUGUUGGUUACUAGACCACGUAACUUGUCUCGUAUCCCAGAUAACGUAUCUGCAGACGUGGCUGCGGCUUCAACUGAUGCUGUAUUGACACCAUAUCACGCAAUCAAGAUGGCUCAAGUGUCACCAACUUCGAAUAUCUUGCUUAUUGGUGCUGGUGGAUUGGGUGGAAAUGCAAUUCAAGUUGCCAAGGCAUUUGGUGCGAAAGUUACUGUUUUGGACAAAAAAAAGGAGGCUCGUGACCAAGCAAAGAAGUUGGGUGCUGAUGCAGUUUAUGAAACAUUGCCAGAAUCCAUUUCUCCUGGCUCUUUUUCAGCAUGUUUUGAUUUUGUUUCAGUGCAAGCUACAUUUGAUGUAUGUCAAAAGUAUGUUGAACCAAAGGGUGUAAUUAUGCCCGUGGGACUCGGUGCUCCUAAUUUAUCGUUUAAUUUGGGAGAUUUGGCAUUGAGAGAAAUUCGAAUCUUGGGUAGUUUUUGGGGAACUACUAAUGAUUUGGAUGAUGUUUUGAAAUUGGUUAGUGAAGGUAAAGUUAAACCCGUUGUGAGAAGUGCCAAAUUGAAGGAAUUGCCAGAGUAUAUUGAAAAAUUGAGAAACAAUGCUUAUGAAGGUAGAGUUGUUUUUAAUCCAUAG